AUGUCGUCGCCGACGGUCUCGCGGCUCUCCUGGGGCAUUUUCUUCUCGGCCGUCGACUUCCUGGCAUGUCUUCUGCUCAUUUUCCUGCACGACGGCACGUUCUCCACCAGGAACUUUACGUCUCAAUUCACGGAUUUCAGCUUCUUCUCGAGGUUUUUCUAAAGUUUUGAAUUUUUGAGGGCCCCUAUGGGGGUUUUUUGCUUUAGGGAUUCCUAAAGGGACAAACCAGGGUUCCCUUUAGAGGUCAACAUUUUAGGGGUUUCAAGUCUGAGGUAGUAAUACCUUUGGGGGUCCCUCAUAGGGCUUCUCUGAAAUUCCCUAUAGGUACCCCUCCAAAGAUUCUAAGUAUAUUCUAAGUAUUGAACACGGCCUUACCAAUACUACUGUUUGUCCCGAAAAAUAGCCUGAAAUGAAAUGGUCGUGAAAGAAUUUGAGAAAACGUACUAACUAUAGCCAGAAGGUCUUAUUCGGAAAUAUUUUCUCUUAGAGUUUACAAUAAAUCUGUGGCUAGGCUGACGAUCAGUUUUUCUCUAGCUUUACUUGCCACGAUCAGUUUUUUUCUCUAGAUGACUGACGAUCAGUUUUUUUCUCUAGCUUUACUUUUUUUAAGAAAGAAAGGAUUCAGAAAAACCCAACCGCGUAGUAAAAUGACCUUUUUUGUGAGAAUCAACAUUUUUGAACCAAACAGUUGCAGUACAAUCGACAUGCUCCUUCUGCAAUUCAUUAGGACGGGCCUUUGGCUGACGCCGGCUGUCAUCCAUGCCAUGAACAGGGCUGAUAGUCUGCCGCUUUGGAAAGAGGUUUGUCUGGUUGCAUAUUCAAAAGAAGUCGGAAAAUCCAGCCGAUCUUCUGCUCGGCAUUGCUUCUCUGUGCAGCCAGUCCAACCAAGCUGCUCCUUCUCACGGAAAAAUUGAAGCCGGGUAGGUGAGAAAGGAGAAUAAUAAUUUUUUUCCUUUUAAAAAAAAAUUCAGCUUGAGCUCUCUCAACAAAAUUCAGGUUGAUUUGUAUCGGAAAAAUGAAAAUGAUGAGAAGAAGUUUAAAAAAAAAGGAAAUUAUUAAAUGACUGAAGUCUCUUCAUUCACCUGCUCAACCUUCAAAAAUUAGAUUGGAGGGAGUUGUGACCUUUUGGAGUUUUUCAUUCCUUCACUUCUUAAAAUCUUCUUCGAAAAGCCGGACUCAGUUUCUUUUGGACCUAAGAUAGGGGGCGCAAAGCCCCGCCUCUUCACGCCACCAAAAUGACGAUUUUUUUGUUGCAAAAACGGUUUUGAGGCGUUUAUACUAGCUAAAGUCCCACUUUAAAAAUGAACUGUUUCUGUUAAUCUAUGUAAUCGACAACGCUCUACAAGACUGAAUAUUUUUAAAACUAUGUAUUCUUCAAAAAAAUAAGCGAAAAAAAGUAAGAUUUAACACGAAAGAAACGGACAAGUUUCACAAAAUCGUCGCGUUUCAGAAAACCAAGUGAGGAACGCUUCUAAAUUUUUAAGUAUGUUAUACAUUAACACUUUCUUUAUUUUUUUGAGUGAAAAUGAAAAAAAUCUACCGACGCGAAAAAAAAAUCGAAGCUUGUAAAGUGACACCAAACUUUGAAGCUGAAAUGCGAAAAAAAAUUUCAGCGACAUGGUAUACUUUUUUUAUUUGAUUUAAAAACUAACAGUGUGUCCAAAAAAAUAAAAAAAUUCAAAAAUGAAAACAAUUAUUGGGACAGCGAAUCAAAUUAUAUUUGUGUUUUUACCAAAACCUCCUUUUUUUCGCCUGCCUCGUUGACGCAUGAGAGAAUAGGAUCGCGUCUAUAUUUUUGAUUAUGUUAUUAAGCGUUCAAAACUCUAUCAAUGAAAAAAUUAUGAAAAAAAUCGAUCGACGCGAAAAAAAUAACGGCUUUGAAAACCUCGAAAAAAUGGCAAUUUUUUUUGAAAUUUCGGAAGAUUUCGUGCAAGCGUCCGUAGCAGUGUUUGCGUCAAACACACCGAUGCGCCCCUUUUAAAUGUCGCAGGAGCCGUUUUUUUCGGGGGUCAAAUUGCACUUUUUUUCCUGUUUUUAUUUCGAAAUAACAUUAUUUUUUUCAUUUUUUUCUUUUUUUCCAAAUCGAAUGAUAAUAAUUUUUUUCUGAGUAGAAAAAAAGAAAAAAAUAAGCUGAAAAAAAUCCCUUUGACCUUUUUUUCUAGGUAGUUUUUUUGAUAUUUUAUCAAAAAAAUUCUUAUGAGGAUUGUACAAAAAGAUUCAUACCAAAACAUGAGGAUCAGUUCGGACAAUCUCUCAGAGCAGAAAACCGAUUUAAAAACGGUCCAGAAACGCGCAAAAACAUUUAAAAAGAAAGCGUGCGGCAGCGGGUAAACCGUGAGAUUUUGCCUCCAGUUGUACGCCGCGCGCGCUCGUUUUUUGGCCAUAACUUUUUUCUUAGUGGAGCUUUUUUCAAAAAAUAAACGGAUUAUGAAAAUGGACAGUCUCCUCUAUCGAACAAUGUGGAAAACAUAUUUUUUGAAUCGUUCUGAAGAAAUGGCUUGCGGACCCUAACCUAAGACCUUCGUUUGGAGGGAACUAGAAUGAAACCGAAAACAUUUCCAUUGAUUUCUUUUCGAAGAAAAUAUUCCGGUUGAUUUUGGAAUUUCGAAGUCCUCAAUCAAUUUACUUUCCUAUUUAUCUAAAAUGAAUCUGCCACUCUGCGUUACAGAAGUCCGAGUUCUAUCAAACUACGUUUGAUAGAACUAACCUUUCAGACUCCUCAAUCUAGUCAAAAGAACUUCCCCGAAAUGCCCAUUUCAUUCUUUCUGGCUGCAGGAGACCCAUUGUCUGUCGGCGACUACGGUAUCCUCGUCUGGAACUUCAUCGCCUCGGUUCUCCUCGACUUCACCUGGCGACGAUUCUUCAGCCGAACCCCGUCCUCCUACGUCGUCCUCGAUGAAGAAUACGAUGUUUUUAUCCCAUUUUUAUGCCCUUCAAACCAUUUUGCACAGGAAGAUCAUGUCCGCCCAAAGCAGACCUUCGAGCUGAUCUUCCGUCUUCUGCAGUACUGCAAACGCGAGUGGCUCUGGCACAUAUCCGGCUUUUCUUUCUUGUUCAUCUACUCGAUCAGUUAGUUUUCCCUACAAGGGAGGUCAUUCACUUCGCGGUUUUCUUGAAAUUCGGCCAGAACACUCUUCGGUCUACCGGACAAAGAUUCUGAAAAAUUCAACCUGCAUACACUUCUAGUUGUUUGAGAAAGAACAUCUGAAAGUCAAAGAAAACCUUUAAAAUCCGUUAAAAUAGGUCAUUUCGAGCUAUUAUUUCUUGAAGACUAGGAAGUUGUGCGAAUUGAACCUUUCAGAAUCUUUUUCUGAUACAUAAAGAAGUUCUGGCCAAAUUUAACGGAGCCCUCGACCACGAAGUGAAUUGAAUUCUCCUGUUAGUUCUUCUUUCCUGAAGAAUGUGAUGAUUGUUUCUAGCGCGCAUCUUCGUGCCGUACUACACUGGCCAAGUCAUUGCCACCGUGGUCGCAACCAAAUCCUAUGGUUCCCUGGCGAACGCCGUCUACAUCAUGGCCGUUAUCUCCCUUGUUAGGUCAGGGCUAUUUCAAUGAUUUAGUUAAUCUACAUUUGCGAAAUACAUUGUCAAUAAUUUAUCAUUUUCAAAUGGUUAUACUUUUGAUUCUGCUUUCGAAACAAAUCAAAUCAUUUAUUUUGUUGUUUUAGUCUGAUGUAAUCGACUAGGCGGUGAACAAGAACUUUAAAAGCUAUAACGAACAACCGCCUUUGGCGAGCUAGAAGUCCAAACGUGUAGGCGAAAGAGUUGAACGCAUGGUCUUACGGUCCUUCGCCUCGUCCUUCUGCGCGUAGUCCAUCCAGUUGCGCCUUGACGAGCUCAGAAUGUAGCAGAUCUUGUGCUGGAGCCCGGAGACCGUGCUCUAGGUGGAAGCCUCAGAAUGAGAGCGACCACUUCGAAUGAAGAUUUUACACGGAAUGAUUCUACUUCCGCGUCUUGGUUGCGAAUUUGCGUCGCCAUGUAAACAUGGCUCUCCAAAGAAAAGUUUUCGCAUGAAAAUGACACUUUCACGUGCUUUUUUUAUUAUUUAAAAAUAGUAUUUAAUUAUUGUGCAUUAUUUUCAUAUUGGUUUGAAAUUCAGUCAUGUUAUAAUUUUUCGUCCAAACUGAAAGUUGUUAAAAUAAAUGGGAAUUUUUAAUAUUUCUACCUAGUGAGUUCAUAAAGCGAAGUGAAUUUUUGACCUCCAGGUCCUUGAAUUUUCAUGCUUCUACUCGACCAUGAAACCCAUCAAUUCUUCAUUCAGUGCUGUGGCUGCGGGUUUCCGUGGAGGCUCUUUCGAGUAUGCCUACGCCAGAAUUCAACGUUCCAUUCGUUACGAUCUUUUCUCGGGUCUCGUUGGACAGGACGUUGCUUUUUACGAUGCUCAUAAGACAGGUGGUUUCAACAAAAAGAUAUUUUGUUGAUUUAUUGAUUUCCAGGAGAAGUGACGUCACGUCUCGCGGCUGAUUGUCAAACCAUGUCGGAUACUGUCGCGUUGAACGUCAAUGUGUUUUUGAGGUGCAGUUAUACUUUACAUGUAAAGUGUGUUGAAAUGAUUCUUUGCUAAGAAUUUUAAAAUUGAUACGGAAACGGAUCAGUCUUCGAAUUUCCUGAUUAUUUCUACGUUCAGACAUGAAUUUUUGUGUUAACUUUGCUGAUUCGAUUGAUUUUCCGGAAAGUUUGAAGCUUCUCUUCUUUUCUGGCUCACGCAAAGCUUUCUCAGCCCAAAUCCUUUUGUUGAUUUGUUCAAAAAAAAGCGUAGAAAAACUUUAGGAGGUUUUAGACGAAUACUCUUUUUUGCAUCUCUAAACUUUAUAUGUGAAAAUAGUUUUGGGAUUAAUUCCUUGUGAACUAUUUUUUCCGUCAAAAAAAAAUGAAAGUUUUCAGAAACACGGUGAUGUUGAUCGGCUCGAUGGCGUUCAUGAUGAAGCUGAGUUGGCGUCUCUCGUUGGUCACCUUCAUCUUGGUCCCCAUCAUCUUCGUCGCCUCGAAGAUUUUCGGAACUUAUUAUGAUGUUAGUUUGACUUGAAACAAACGUCCUAAGCCCCUGAAUUGACCUUUCAGAUCUAAGGGAACUCUUUAGGGUUUGCACUGAUCUGUCAAUAAGUUAUUCUUAUUUAAUUCCAGGAACGUAGAAUCUUCUAAAAUACUCUCAAAAAGUGUGAAGCUUUGUUUUGAACGUUUCAUGAAAUUUUCCGUGUUUUUGAAGAAGUCUUCAUUUUUACUGAAGGUAGUGAAGAGUAUAAAUAAGAUAAUCACCAAAAACUCAGGAAGAGUUCAUGAGAUUUUGAGGGCUUAUUGCUUAUUGGUAUUUUUAAAAAAAGGCUUGAUUUAGUUUUUAUCAACUCUUUUUGAAUUUUUUUCAUAAUAAUAAUGACGAAAAAUCUGGGAGAGGUUCUAAUUGAUGAAGUUUUUUUGUUGUUUUUUUGGCUACUGGAAGUUCCGAGAAAGGACAAUAAAUAUACCAUGAGAAAAAGCUUCCAAUUCAUCAAGAUAUUUUCUUGAGCCAAGAUCCUAAUGGUAAGCAACAAGUUUCAGUUUACUAAUUAUAUAAAAUACUUCGUUUUCUACUAUUUUGGCUGUUUUUUUUUUCAUUUCGAUUCUAUUAGGAUGUCCGGUUUAAAAUAAGCAUCCUCGUUAUGGUUUAAUAAUGAAUAGUUGAGUUCGAAUCGAGAAACGCAGAACUCAUUCCUAUCAGAAAAUGAUAGAAAACGAAGAGUGACCACUGCCAGAUCUAAGCCUUGCUCAAGCCUUUAGUGACAACUGUAAAACCAAAGAUUCUCUCAAAUUUCUCUAGUAACCGCUACAAGAUCUAAGCUUUGCCCGAAAUUCUUGAGUGUCUGGCCAACCCAAUGACAAUCCGACUUCAGAUCCUCUCCGAAAGGACCCAAGACGCGGUGGCGGAGUCGAACGACGUCGCCGAGGAAGUCCUGUCGACCAUGAGGACGGUCCGAUCUUUCGCCUGCGAGAAUGUCGAAGUCGACAGGUUCUACGAGAAGCUCACCGACACAUUGAAAGUUACCAAGACCAAGGCGAUUGCGUACAUUGGCUUUCUGUGGGUCUCGGAGGUUUGAGAAUGGAUAAGAGUCUUGAGGAGUUUGAGGAGUUUUCAGCUGUUCCAAUCGUUUAUCAUUGUCGGCGUCCUGUGGUACGGUGGUCAUCUCGUGCUGACUGGAAAAAUGCAGGUUUGGAAGUACCUUUUGCUGUUCUCACGUUUUUGAGUAAGAACUCAAAACUAUAAUCAUAAUAAUAAUAGUUUAUUCACUGCCGUUAUUUAACAGAAAAUAAUAAUUAAAUAAGUGAUCAAGUGAGAGAUAGACAGAGGAAUAACAAUACACGGGAGUGAGUCAACCAAGAGUUGACAGGUACCCGGAAAUAUGAAAAAUUCAUAGGAGACAGACUAUUGGAUUUUGUUUGAAAGUAUUCUGACUUUCAGACGUUUAUUCUUAAAAAGCAGCAAUAGAAAUAAAAGCUCGAACGAAGCUGAAAUCGCAGGCGGACCUCCUGGUGGCCUUCCUCCUCUACCAAAUGCAGCUCGGCGACAACCUCCGGCAAAUGGGCGAGGUCUGGACCGGCCUGAUGCAAUCCGUCGGCGCCAGCCGUAAAGUCUUCGAGUACAUCGACCGCCAGCCGGUCAUCCAGCACAACGGCGAGUAUCAGCCCGAAACGGUCAAGGGUCGCAUCGAAUUCCGCAACGUUCACUUCAGCUACCCCACCCGCAGCAAUCUCCCCAUCUUGAGGGUCUUCCUGGUUUGAAAACUCCUAAUUUUUCGAGUUCUUAAGGACCUCUCCUUCAUCGUCGAACCGGGAGAGACGGUGGCCCUUGUCGGUCCCUCAGGUUCCGGAAAAUCGUCCUGCAUCGCCCUCCUCGAGAACUUCUACCUCCCGAACGCCGGCCAAGUUCUCGUCGACGGAGUUCCCCUGGAAGAGUAUGAACACCACUACAUUCAUAGGAAGGUUCUACGAAAAUAAAUAAGUGGAUAAAAUUGAAAUUCGGCUCUUCAGAUCGCCCUGGUCGGCCAGGAGCCAGUUCUUUUCGCGCGCUCUGUCAUGGAAAAUAUUCGAUAUGGAGUUGAUGUUCCUGAUACGGUAGGUUACUGUAAGAUGUGGAUUAUAUGAUGCGUUUUUGUCUUUUGGUGGCGUCUUCAAUGGGGGAGAAGCUUACCUUUGAGCUUCAGGAAAAGCUCAUAGGAUAAGUUAAGCUGAGGGAUUUCAAUUGUGACGUCAUAACUGUUUGACAUGGCAUUGUUCAUGAGAAAUUUCACUGGUUGGGUCCUGAAGCAUAUCAGAACGGUAGCGUUGUUCUGUCAGAUAAAGGUUUUUGAUUGUGGCGAAAAAAAAUAGACCACAAGAAACAUAAUUUGGUUAAGGACAUUAUCCGGUCGGCAGAAAUGGCCAACGCGCAUGAUUUCAUCUCUCAGACGACGCUCAAGUACGAGACGAACGUCGGCGAGAAAGGAACGCAAAUGUCGGGUGAGAACUGAAAAUGAGGCUCUGGAGGGAGCUUUCCUGUUUCAAAAAUAUUUCUUUUUACACUUCACGUGGACUGCGAAAGGUGUUAAGUCAUCUACUAGGUUACUCUCAUGUUGGCCAGUAACACCCGCGGAUGCUACCGUCAUUCACCCCUUUGAUUCGAGCCGAGCGCCCGAAACGCAAUUUUUCGCCGCGGAUAGAGCUCGUUCAAGUCCAGUGGAUCUACGCAAACGUCCGAUUAACGUACCAAGUCUCGUUUGGGUCCAGGGGAUGAUCCGAAAUGUUGAAAUACACCGGGUGAUCGGCAGUUGCACCCAUUUUACAAAAGUAUGACCUAUUUGCCCAACGAGUGCUACUGGCCAGUAUUAGAGAGAUGGAAAAGACAUUUCAAGAAAUUUUUUUUAAAAUUCAUUUUGCAGGUGGUCAAAAGCAAAGAAUCGCCAUUGCUCGAGCUUUGGUCCGGCAACCCGCGAUUUUGCUCCUCGAUGAGGCGACUUCAGCUUUGGACACAGAGUCGGAGCAUAUUGUUCAGGUUGAUAAGAAAAGCAAAUUUGUGAAAUUGAAAAAAAUGAAAAUUAAUCACAGAAAAAUUUUGAGAAAACUGAGGCACGAAUUUGAAGCUUUCUCAUUUGACUUUCCCUUGUUUUUUAUUUUAUCCAUCCGUCUCCAAAAAAAAAAGUUUGAAGCGCAAAAGAAGCUACUUUUUUUCAAACAAAAAAAUUACGUUUUGCUGUCUUCGACUUUAAAGACGUGGGUUUAAAAAAAGGCAUCUGUUAUGAAUCAUUUUUUUCACAUACUUUCUUUGUUUAACUUGAAAUAAGCAUCAUUUUCUUCAUCUCAGAAAUUUGAAAUGAGCCUUUACAUCUACCGGAAAACUUCAGGAAGCCAUCUACAAGAACCUCGGCGGCAAAAGUGUGAUAUUGAUUGCGCAUCGGUUAUCAACUGUUGAGAAGGCCGAUAAGAUCAUCGUUAUCAAUAAGGUUCAGUCUUGGGAUCAAAGAAUUUCGAUAACUUGUUCAAUUUCAGGGACGAGUAGAACAAAUCGGAACCCAUGAACAGCUUUUGAGCCAACCUGGAACCUAUGCCACACUCGUACAACGACAGAAGUUUGGCGAGCAGAAGAAACCGAAAAGAUUGACCCCCAACGCCUUCUCGCCCUCAAAGUUUGUUUCGGAACUGAAUUUCUACUAGACCUUUAAAAGAUAUAUAGAUUACACGAGUGAGACGCCGAAUUUAUUUUAAAAAUACAAUUCAGAUCAAUCAGCGUGAGCCCAUCGCAGGGAAACCCAAUGUCCCUUCUCUCAACUUCGUUCAGUCAAUCGGCAGGAAGCGUCACUUCUCAUUAAACUAAACCCAAAAAAAGGAGAAAUUCAAGCAGAACUCAUUUUUGUGUUUUUUUAAUACUCAUUUCCAUUCUUGUUAAUUUUUUCGUUAAAUUCACACGUGUCAGGUGAAAUAAAUGAACCUAAAUUUAGAAUAGAAAAAAAAACAGUAAGAAAUGAUUUUAAAAUUUUCCUGGUUACUGUAAUCAAAAGGGCCGCGAGCACAACGCUGUAAAUGCGCAAUAUUUGACGAGCUUUUAUGAUUUUUCAUAUUUUUCGACAGCUGACGGAGUGCACUUCGGCAGCAUACUUCUAAAGCUCCCUCAACACUCGCAAAUCCAGAUAGCAUAGGGAAAGUAUCGGAUUGCACACACAGAGUACUGAAAUAGCAGAAAGUUAGAGUCUGUACCUUAUUUAUUGAUUGACCGGGCAGAGGUGGAGAAAUGGCGCUCCUAAGCGUUUUCAAACGUUUACAUUUCUAAACCGACGUAGGCCGCCAUGGCCAUUUCUUGAUAAGUCGCUGCCCAGGGCGCCCGGGGCCAAAACCGCGAUGGCAAAAAAACGCCAUUGGAAGAAAAAGAACGCGCAAAAAUCGGAAUCUUCUAAAAUCUUGUAAAAUCGUUGUUUUCGAACCUUUAAAACAAGGUUUUUUGAAUUUCCAAUUUGGUGGCGACGGAAAUUUAUUUUCUCACUAGUCAGCGGGUUCGUAACCAUAAAUCUGGAACAUUUCGCCUAAAGAAAAGAGGGGCCUGAUGGCUAGGGCGGGCAUGUUGCGCCCUGGAGGGCUCCUCAUUUCUUCCACCUCUGAUUGACCGCAUUCCGACUGUAUUUACUGUAUUUAAUGCCGGGUUAAAAGUGAUUCCGCGAAAUGCAAAAUAGCGGUUAGGGAAAGAAAAGUAUAACUAAAUUUUGGACACCGUUAGCUAUUUUUGUGGAUACACCGAUUGACAAGUGUUGGAAACGUUUUCUAGCAAUAUGAAAAAAUCGGAAAAGUCGCCGUUCGAAAUUUCGCUGGUUUUUUUAUUUCAUAAAACCAAAAAAAUUAUAAAUUUAAUUCACUAAACUCCAAAAGUAUAUCUGAUUCACGGCUGGCUUGAGCCAUCGAAUAAAGGGCCCUGACACGAUAAGAAAAGAGACAGCGCCUGGUCGGUGGAGGGCGCAGACAGGCCACGCCUUUUUGCGUCCCAAGCUAACCGUGAAUCGGCUAUACCUCAAUGAUGCAGUAUGAUUGGAAGAAUUGAAUCAAAACUCUUCAAAAGCAACAAUUACAAAAAUAAAAUCGAAAUCGAGACACGGAGCAGCAGCAACCCUUUUAAUAUUGAACUUAAAAAUUGGAAAGGGAGCUCAAAAUUAUAUUGAUAAAUUAGUUUGAGGAAUAACUAUGGCGCAAUACUUCAUAGAGAAACAAAUCCCAUGUAAAGACUUCUAAAGUUCUUUUAGAGAAGUCUGAGGAAUUCUUCGACGAUAAAGCAAAACUUGUAAAAUAAAUGAUGAAACGAACGUGACAGGAAAAACGGAAAUCAACGCGAGUUACGAGAAACUCAAAGCUUAUUAUUUGCGGCGACCAUUGGACGUCUAUCCAAUAGGUCAGUUCUUUAAGAGCCGGAAUUCCAAGAAUUUGCACCGAACUUUUUGAAAGUGUUUUUUUAAUCAUCUUUGUUUUCUCAGUAGUGUCCUUUAAGCAUUUUGGAUUAUUGGUAUAUUUUUUUAAGAGUGGUCUUCGAAGAUGUUCACAGACCCGAUUUGUUUCUUUCUUAUUGCGCUGUCCUGUCUUUUUCAAGUUUCUGCUGGAGGUAUUCAAUUUUUUAUUCUAUACGAAGCUGAAAUAAUUUGACAUAAGUCGCUUUGAAGGUUUUUGACUCUGUUUAAAAAGUUAAUCAGUUAUAAUUUAUAAGCGUACUCCACGAGGAGAAAACAUGGAAGGAGAAAAAACAUUUUUUAAGCUCCUGAAUAAAUCUCAGAAACUUUUUCGAUAUCAUCUUUCUCAAGAAAGAUGCUCGUUUCGGGGUUUUAAUUAUUUUUUGAACAAUAAUUUUUCAAAGAUGUCUUCUCACCUCCAGAAAAUCUGAACAAUGACAAGCCAGUAAAUGUAUUCUGAGGUUUUCUGGAUGUUCAAUUUUCUCACCUAUUUUAGGUCUCUAUUGAGGCUUUGAUAAAACUUUAAAAAAAAUCAUGUUUUCCCAUUAAACGUCAUUCCUUUUUGCAGAAGAAUGUUGCAAAAGAACCAUGUUGGCCUAUCCUUCUGGAGAAGCAAUUCCUCCUGAAUGUGAAAGGCUUCGCUGCACAGAGGCGCCGAUUAUUAUUGAAAGUUCUUAUAAAGAAGGACGUGGAAUUCAAAGAUUCCUAAGGGUAGCAGAGAAGAUCAGCACGCUCACCGUCAUCGACAAUAGCAUGACUUUUAUAGUGAUGGAUUAUCUGAAAGAGCUAGUUCACAAAGGACCUGGUUCGUCUUCAGAAUUGAAUUCCGCCUAACUGUCAAAGGGCUCUCAUUUUGGUCACUUUUUUCCAGGUCCGGCAAUUUUUCUUCGUAACGUUGAGAUGUUAAGAAGAUCUUUUGACAAAUUGCAAAAAAUAACUGUCGACGACAUCCGCCCUUACUGCAAAGGAGAAAAACUUAUUGUAAUCGAAGGCACUAUUGAUGAGACUGUUAGGAAAAGGCUGGAAACAAUUGCAAAUCAGGUAGAUCCUUCAAUAAGAGAAAGAAUAAGAAACCAAAAGAAGAUCCAUAGGUCCAUAGCCUCCCAAAAGUUUCAACUUUCAAAGCUCCGAUGUCUCAAUAUGUGUAUUUUCAUUUGGCGAAUCAAAAUCUCAGAAGAUCUUCAUACGCGCACUAAAACUACCGUAAUUUUCAGACAUUGGCCGAUUGCGCCAAGUUGACGACGCUAGCCCCUUCAACCACUACAGAAGCGAUUAACACCACGACGGUGACAACGGAGGCGCCCACGACGACUGAAGAAGCUGUCAACACCACGACAACUAUCGCGACGACGACCGAACCUGAGAUCAACACCACGACUGUCACCACCAUCGCGACGACGACGCCAGAACCAACGACGAGAACCACGACAGCUGAAACUCUCGUGACGACGGCGCCGGACACUACAGUAGCUCCAGACGAAGCUAUCAGUUCCACGACGACUGCGACAAAAUCGCCGCCUCAAAAUUGCGUCGGGGCCGCCGCGCUCGCUCCAGCUGCCGAAGAGAAAGAAUGCCCCUCGACAAGUGAGUUGAUUGAAACUGAAGGCCAAAAUUUAGAAAAAAAAGAAUGAUAAGAACGUCAUAGUUUCAUAGUUUUUUGUGUAAUGAAGAGCUUCAAAAUUAGAGAAGCCUGUGUUGACAUGAAGCUUUAUCAUUUCUGAAUGCCAUUAAAAUAGAAAAGAUUCUUGCUUUUUUAUGAGCUUCUGUUCAAUAAAAGUGAAACUAUUUUCAGUCCCAAAAAAAUAUAUGUUUUACAGACAUGAUCAUCCUUCCAGCCAUUGUCGUAAUCAUUCUCCUGAUCUUGGCUCUCGGGAUCGUUUCCUAUGUGGCUUUUUUCAUAAGAGUGAAACCAAAUCCUGAAAAUCGCACGAAUUCAAAGAACAACAGUAAAGAACCGUCCAGCCUUGGAAUACCGAUCGAAGGGUCGAAAGAGGGCGUGGAAGCUCCCAAGCGUAAAGCUGCUGGGAAGGACUCUGCCGUUCUCCUAAUCAAAGAGGAAAAGACGAGAGAAGAAACGCCGAAGAUGGACAAGGAAAUAAAUAUGGAGGCUGGUGUGAUUGGACCUAGGGAAAUCUCGUUCACCGGAACCCCGCCGAAAAAAGAGAAACUACUCAGCGAAAAACCAAUUAAGGUUCAGCUUGAGAAGACCCAUCCAAAAAAGACCGUCAUGAAACGCGAAAUUCUGAAAAAAGCGAACCUGCAGCGACCGAAGACCACUGCUUGCGAAAAGAAGACUCGAUUCCAAACGCCGCUCGAAGAGACAAACUUCUACAAUCUCUCUACUGACUCCCCAGCUUUAGAUCCUUCUUCUGCUUCCAAAACCGACUCAAAAGACCUGCGUGAGUUUCCAAUGAAACUACAACUCGGCCUGAAAAAGUUCUUUUAGCGUCUCAAAAAAAACUAAGAGAGCUCUGUCUGAAGCCUGAUCAGACAUACGAACAAUCAGAGAAGAUAAUUGAAAUCGAAAAGGAAAGAGCUUCGACUCUGUUUUCGGACGAACUGGAAGAUUUUGAAAGUCAGUUUUCACUCAAAUCUUUCGUUAUGUUCAGCUGUUACUAUGCACAAAAAAGAAACGAUAUGAAAAUUCGAUUUCAGAGUAUCUUCGAGCAACCUGUCUUCCCGAAGAAGCGACCGAGGAGCACAAGGGUAAUCCGGCAAAGCUCAACGCGAAAAUUUGA